AUGAAUGCGGGGACAGAAGCGUCUCAGAAGCGGCUGCGGCGAGAUCAGGAACUGGGGCGAGAUCAGGAACUGGGGCGAGAUCAGGAACUGGGGCGAGAUCAGGAACUGGGGCGAGAUCAGGAACUGGGGCGAGAUCAGGAACUGGGGCGAGAUCAGGAACUGGGGCGAGAUCAGGAACUGGGGCUGCAGGCAAUUGCUGUGGGGGCGCUCGCCCGGGAACUGCAGGGGACUGCAGCGGGGGCACCUCAGGAGCGGCUGCAGCAGGGCGGUCAGGGACAGGAGCGCAGUCAGGGACAGGAGCUGCAGCAGGCGGCUGCAGUGGGGGCGCCUGCCCGGGAGCUGCAGGUGGCUGCAGUGGGGGCGCCUGGACAGGAACAGGAGCGCGGUCAGGAACAGGAGCGCGGUCAGGAACAGGAGCGCGGUCAGGAACAGGAGCGCGGUCAGGAACAGGAGCGCGGUCAGGAACAGGAGCUGGCUGCAGUGGGGGCGCCUGCCCGGGAGCUGCAGCAGGUGGCUGCAGAGGGGGCGCCUGCCCGGGAGCUGCAGCAGGCGGCUGCAGAGGGGGCGCCUGCCCGGGAGCUGCAGCAGGCGGCUGCAGAGGGGGCGCCUGCCCGGGAGCUGCAGCAGGCGGCUGCAGAGGGGGCGCCUGCCCGGGAGCUGCAGCAGGCGGCUGCAGAGGGGGUGCCUCUGCAGGAACUGGAGCGCGGUCAGGAACUGGAACACAGUCAGGAACAGGAGCUGGCUGCAGUGGGGGCGCCUGCCCGGGAGCUGCAGCAGGCGGCUGCAGAGGGGGCGCCUGCCCGGGAGCUGCAGCAGGCGGCUGCAGAGGGGGUGCCUCUGCAGGAACUGGAGCGCGGUCAGGAACUGGAACACGGUCAGGAACAGGAGCUGGCUGCAGUGGGGGCGCCUGUCAGCAGCAGCAUGCGCUUCUUUGAGAAGUGCUUCCAGGCCACUGUCUCCAAAGGGCCUGUGGUUGACCUUCUGGUGAGCAGCGCAGCUGAGGCGGACCAGAUCGAUAAGCACUGA